AUGGUUCACCUAGGCCUAGAAUCGCCGAGCCAUAGUAAUCGUCAAUUACCUCACCAAGCCGCGUCGCUCCUGAAAGCGGUCCCAUUUGUCCACUAUGCAGUCCUCGUAAUUACCACCUCCACGAUUCUCGCGUUCUGGGUCGCGUUUCCACAAAACGCGACCUAUCUUCCCGCCGAUUGCAACCACGCUGAUUUACCCGUCGAACGGCCAGAAGUUAAAUUGCAAAACUGCCCGCGGUGCGACGAGCGGAAUGAUCGUGCCCCGUCGGAUGAACUUGCGCCGUUGGAUCGGCCGUUAACUGCGCGCGGCGCGAAGAUUCGGAUGUGCAUGGGGAGCCCUUCCGCGCCGUUCGCGCAGGGAACGUUCGUAACGAAACCUAUGAAGCACGGGAAAGCGUUUCACAACCGGUUCGCGCAGCUCACCGUGUUUGAAGCAGAGGUUCGGCACGAACCGGAGCUUUGGGCCGAGUCAGAGGCUCGGCGCGAAACGUCCGGGGGAACGACAGGCGGAGAGAGCAGCGGAACGGCGGCAGGAGAAGGCGGAACGGCUGGCGGACAGGGAGGACAACAAGCGGAGACGCAAGGGGGGAACCACCAAGGGGGGCAGAACCAAGGGGGGCCGGGGCGGCCAGAACCGACAAAAACGACACUGCGGCUGCUGUCGUUUCUGGAAGACGACGAUUCGAUUCGCAAGUCGCAGUGGCAGGGGUGGGGCGAGGCGGAAUACAGUGACCUCUUUUCUCCGAGUGUGUUUAAGGUGCAGUGCCACGUGUGGCCCACGCACGACGCUUACAUGCAGACGCUCGAGCCUGCUUAUAUCGUGGACGCGGUCGCGAAUAACAGCUAUUUGUGGCAUAACAUUAUCGAAUGCCCACUGCCACCAUACGUUGAGCUUAGUACCGGUAACGAGACCGUUUCAAGCGAACCAGCCAGCUCCGCUGCUCCGCCCUCUGAUCCCUCUGCGGCUCCUGCGUUUAUGAGCGGUCGAGAGCGGUUGGGAACGGCGGAGGGGAGAAAGUGGGCGGUGCAUCACUGGCAGCAGGUGCAGGUGCAGCUGGUGGCGGCAGAGGAAGGGGCAGACCUGCGCAUGCCGCCUCUGCUGCUGUGCCGCGCUGACAGCGACAAACACACCCUCGCCUCCUCCCCGCUUUCCCUCUCCCUCACUUCCUCCCUGCACACUGCUGCUGCUGCUGCUUCUGCUGCUGCGGCCCAGCCCUUCCCGUUUGGCGGUUGCCGGGCUGCUGCCGAGGCUGCUGCCCAGGCUGCUGCAAAGGGUGCGAAGGGUGGCUCUGGAGGUUUGGCAGGCUCGAAGCCCGCUGUAGGUUUGGGUAGUGGUUCGGAGCUGGUUCGGUUUCUGGCUGAGGGGGAGAAAGGUGCGAACGGCACAUAUAAAGCCUCUGGUGGGGAAAUGCUUAGUUCCGAGGACCUGCUUGUGAACUAUGAGGAUGCAGCUAGUAACGAGGAUGAGUUCGGCAGCAGCAGCAGCAGCAGCAGCAGCAUCGGCAGGAGUGCAAGCGAAACCGGGGAGGGAGGAAGAACCACCAAGCACGCAGGCAUGGGAGCAGUGAGCAUCUGCCUGCGCCCCGUGCACAAACGCCAGAUGUUUUCAGACAACGUUGCUGUCUCCGACGUGCGGCUUAUCGAGUGGAUCGACGCGUGUCUGCUGAUGGGAGUGAAUCGCAUAUAUGUGUAUGACCGCUACGCCACGCACAUACGCGCGCUGCUGUGGGAGUAUAUAGCGAGAGGGCAGGUGGUGCACGUGCCGUUCCCCAACUGGAGCGAGGUGUUCUUUAGACAAGCGCAGUACGACGGCAAGGCCAAGAAGCCAUAUGCGUUCCCAGACAUCUACGACCAGGUGAUAGCAUUCGAGCACUGCAUGAUGCUGGGGCGGAGGUUCGGCGACAGGUGGCAGCUGCAGAUAGACAGUGACGAGUUCAUCUGGUAUCACCCGCAGGCUGGAGGGUUCUUGAAGCCGCUGCUGGCUAGAAUAGAGGUCAAUCACGCGCGAGCACCAGGCAGCAAGCAACCCCUGCGGGCGAUUCUAAUAAGGCGGUUCAACUUCUGGGGAGUGAAGAAGGAGUCACGGGGGGAUCCGGUAUCCGACCGCCUCCAGUGGCGGUGCAGGGAGCCCAUGUGGCACACCAAGACGUGGGUGGGCUGGCAUGACAAGGUGGCCGUCAACCCACAGACGAUCCUGCCCUAUUCCAUAUCCAUCCACAACACGUUUUCCCCACCGGAGGAGAUGGCAACAGCGCCCCCCUCCAUCCUGCACCUGAACCACUACACGUCCCGGGAGGUGGAUCUGAAGGAGCCGCCCUGCAACGCCACAGUCAAGCCCAUCGAAGACGCCAGCCUCUUCUGGGCUCGGAACCGCACCAUGCAGUGCAGAGCGGUGCGGUGCGGUGGGAGUGGUGACACCCCGGUGGAGUGCUGGCCCUUCUGCCAGCUGCCGUGGGUGGGUCAGUAG